AUGAUCAUGGCGGCCGUCAUGACCGGCUACGUGGACACCAGCAGCAACGGCGCCAUCCACCGCUUCGUCUUCAAGCAGCACGCGGACGCCGUCGUGUCGUGGGCGCCCCACCCGGACACGUCGUUCUACCGGCGGGGAGAACGGUUCGACCUCAACGUCACCCGUGACCGAGCAGUGGUCAUGUGCAUGCACGACGGAGUGCUGGCCAUGGGCGUGUCACUCAUCCGAGAGUUGCGGUGUCUGGGCAAUGAAGAGCUCAUCCAGAUCUACCACUGUGGUCCGGACGAGCUGUCGGAGAGCUCGAGGGACGUUCUGUUCACCAUUGACAACCGACUGGAGCUCGUGGACGUGUGCUCGGACCUGGUUAGUCGCCAAGUGAUCAGCGCGAACAUGUCGAGCAACUUCAGGAGCUGGUGGAUCAAACCGCUGGCUGUGUACCAUACCGACGUGCGUCACGUGAUCCUAAUGGACGUGGACGACAUCAUCAUCAAGGACCCUGCGACUCUGCGUGGCCUGGAGGGAUACACCGCGACCGGCACGACCUUCUUCUACGACAGAGUGCACGAAAAGUGUAACGAGUUUGUCAACGGUGACGACGACAACCAAAAGUAUUUGCCCAAGCUGUUCACCACGUUUGACUACGAGCGCUUCAAUGUGACGGGAGGCGAAAACCCGUCGGAGCAAGAACGCGCGGGACAAACGGUCAUGGAUAUUAUGCUGUGGUUUAUCACGGAAGAGCGCUUCCGGUUCCGGUACUCUUUCGGUGACAAGGAAACAUUCUGGCUAUCGUUUGAGAUGGCGCAUGUACCGUAUUCGUUCUCGCCUUGGGGCGUGAGUGUGGUGUCUUCGUGGCCCAACAAGGACGCUGAGAAACACCCGGACUCGCUAUGCGGCAGCAUUUUGCAGUAUCUGCCAGACAGCAGCGACGAUGCUCAGAUGCUGUACGUCAAUGGCAAGGCGUUGCUGGAUCCGUUCCCAGAGGGCGUGGAUAUGGUGACCAAGGCGCGCUCGAACAACAUGUUCAACACGUUUCCGAAGCUCAUGACGCCGCGUCAGGAACGCCAAGUGCUGAACAAAACGGGCAAGCCUGCGUUCUACAGCGAAUGCCUCGUUGGUUUGGGUGGAAUCCCGCUACCGCAAGAGUUCGCUGGCCACUUGCUGCGUCGACGGUUGUUCUACUUGGGUGCGACCACAGGUGUGCUAGGAUCGCUUCAACACUGCGAAACCUACGAGAUGCGACGCCUAUUACUUGAAGUGUAAGCUCAGCCAACGACGCGCCCCUAGUGUAAUGGUGCCGUUCCACCGCCGUCUGUAAACAAUUGAACUCUCCGUAUGUCUAAGAAAU